GAAAGAUAGAGGGGAGUUUUUACGUAGUAUCACGGUACUUGCGGCGUGUUUCUGAGUUCGAGGAGUUGUGUUAAAAGUAUUUUUACUACUUUUUUGAAGCUGUAAUAAAUUAUUUUGAUUCUUUGUUAAAUACAUAAGUCAAAUCCUUUUUUCUUUAUUGUAAUGCAUCUAUAGUUUACGUCCAUGCAUAUUAUAGAGGGCGUUGAAAGACUUAGCUGUUAGGGCUUAAUUUUCUGUGUUGGAGAACCGUAUGUAAUAUUUUCUGAAAACUUCGCUGGAAUCGCAUUGAUAAAUUUGUAUUCCCAACUGCAGAAGUAAAAAUCCCUCUUAUAAGGACGUUAACUUAAAGAGUCAGUUUAUCAUUUAUACUUCUGUGAAAUCCGUCUUCCGCAAUUAGUGUUCGACACCUAGGCCUAACCGUGUGCUUUCAGAUUUAAGACAUGGUCAUGGAAAUACCAACUCCCCAGUGUGUGGGUCGUGAAUUUGUGCGCCAAUAUUAUACUCUUCUAAACAAGGCACCUCUGCAUUUACAUAGGUUCUACAACCAUGACUCUUCUUUUCUACAUGGAGGCAUUGAUAGACCUGGCCAGGAAACACGCCCUGUAGUUGGACAGCAUGAUAUUCAUGAUCGUAUCAUGCAGCUAAAUUUCAGAGAUUGCCAUGCUAAGAUUCGACAAGUAGACAGUCAAGAAACUCUUGGGGAUGGUGUUGUAGUUCAGGUUUCUGGUGAGUUAUCUAACAAUGGACAACCAAUGCGUCGCUUCAUGCAGACCUUUGUUUUGGUCCCCCAAUCUCCUAAGAAGUACUAUGUGAGGAAUGACAUCUUUCGUUAUCAAGAUGAAAUUUUCUCUGAAGAUGAUAAUGGUGAAAUUGACAAUGCAUUGAAUGAUAUUGAUGCUGAAGAUGGUGGAAAUCGGAAUACUGGAAAUUUGGAUCACCAAGAUGAUAAUGUUGGAUAUCAUGAGAAUGAAAUUGUCAGAAAUGGCACAGUUUAUGCCAAUGAGACCAUGAAUAAGUACCAACAGCAAGAAAGUCCCCAACCAGAAAUAGAGGUAGAGUCAACCAAAUCAGAUUGGGAGGAUGAAGAGGAUCUGGAGGAAGAAGAAGAUUUAGAGGAGGAAGAAAAUCAAGGGGGUCGGCAAACUGAAGAAUCUGCACCAGAAACUAUUGAGAAUCCUCCAGCUAUAUCUCAAGAACCAAAGACUUAUGCUAAUAUGGUAAGCAAGAAUGCCAGUGCUGCUACAGUCUCAGCUGUAUCCAAUGCAACCUCCCCAGUCUCUACUUUACCGCAUAAGGUUGAUGCAUCACCUUCUUAUCACAAGGGAGAAGGAACUCCAACUUCUGUCCAAGGGCCCAGAGACAAGAAUGAACUGGCCACUGCUUCCUUCGGACAGUCUGGCAUUCGAGCCUCACGUCCUCGUUUGAAUUCUGGUCGUGCAGUGAGUGGUGGUGAACGCUCUCCUCCAGAAGAUGCAGAGGGAAGCGAGCGCAGGAAGUCGAGCUUUAUUCAUUAUCCUGACUCGCAGCAAUUAUUUGUUGGCAAUCUUACUCAUUCCAUUACUGAGGAAGAACUGAAGGCUCAUUUCACUCAAUUUGGCAAGGUAUUGGACAUGCGCAUCAACACCAAGCAGACUCAGAAAAUUGGAGGGGGGAAAGUACCUAAUUUUGGCUUUAUUGUUUUUGAUGAUGCUGAAUCUGUGCAGAAAGUUUUGAAUGCUCGACCUAUUUACUUCAAUGAUCAUCGCCUCAAUGUAGAAGAAAAGAAGCGCCCAAAAGACAACCGAAUAAUUUCAUCAGACAACCGAAUUGGACCUCCGCGAGGUGGCCCGUCACCUCGAGUUGGAGUGGGUGGACGUGGACCUCGGGGAGCCAUGAUGCCCCAAGGUACUGGCCGAGGUGACAACAGAGGAGGAAUGCGAGGCAGCUAUGCCUCUCGUCGCUAGAUGUUUAAAACGAGGCAAGCCUACCCAUCUUCACAACACAUGGUCCUCGUGUGGAACGUUUGGUGCCUCAAUUUAAAUAUUAAAAACACCUAAUAUUUCAUCGGUAAUCAUUCAUUGGGAUUCUGUGGGUCAAGAUAUUUUCAAUUUUUUUUCACUCACCUCAUUGCUUCAUUGACAGCAGACAACUGGUGAUUUAAGGGAGAAAAAAACUAUACAUAUAUAGGAAGUGCUUUAAACCCAGUUCUGUUCCUGCUUUUCUGCAUAAUAUAUUUUUGUGUCCCUUUUCCACCCUUUUUAUUUCACAGAUUAAUCAAUAUCUUCGAAACAUUACAGUUGUUUUAAAGCACUUAGUACAUUUCAAUUUCAUAGGUGUAUUGAAUUGAUCUAAUGGUAAUGUUUUUAAACGAUUCCCCCCACGUGAAGAAAAUAAAUUUGCUUGGAUUGCCCUUGGAAAUCUACAGUGGUGUGCUUCAACUAAUACAGGUGUGCAGAAGAGAAAUGACCUUGUGUUUUCUCCUUUCCACUCCAAUUUCCGUAUUUUGAAUAUUUUUUGUGGGGAAAAAAAAUUCUCUUGAUGAAACAAGUUGCCAAACUCUCACGAGCAAUCUUGACUCGGUUUGUUUCUACUGACACGUGAAGCAUGAUUAUCUUAGAGCUUUGUGGGUGCCACACAAUUUGGAGAUAGUUGGCGUCAUUGAAACUUUCUUUUUUGUAACAACGGAAAGUCAUUUGUGAUAGUCUUUUAUUUAAAGAAGUCGGUGUAAAUGUUUUUUUUUUCUUUCUUUUUUUUUUUUUUGUUUUUCUUUUUUGUUUUGUUUGAGUGAUUGAUUUUGAAACUGGUGCUCACACCGAUCUCAUCUUUGUAGUAUAAUUCAUUGUGUAAAAAAGAAUAAAAAAAGACUACCAAACUUUGCUACUUAACGUAACACUUGUGUUUCUGGCUAGUUUUUCUGUAUUAAAAUUAAAAGAAACUUGUUUUUAAGAAAUUGAAACUGGUCAAAAGAAAGCAUCUCUUAAUGCCUCAAAAGUUGCCUCAUAUUUAUCUUCAAUGUGUCUUAAAUUACUUGUUUGUUUACAUAAUAUGAAAUGAUGUAGCAAUUCAGUGCUGAGAAGAUAAAUCUUGUCAAACUUGGGGGGGGGGGAGGAAAAGACAAAGUUUUAUGGAGAAACAAAGUGAUGUCCUUCCAAAUUUUGUUCAUUUUCCUCAUUUUAGUUUUGAGAUUUGCUUACAAAAUCAGGAGUGCGAGUAGUUACUGUGAAGCAACAUAUUGAAAUUUUCAUCAUUUUCUUUGUUGGUUGUGUGGUAGUUAUAAUUCCUGCUCAUAAUCGUGGGAAAAAGACAUUUUUUAAUGCACUAUACUGAUUUUCUUUGAAAAGAGAAAAUGUAAUGUACAGAUCUCCUUAUCAAGCUGACUGAAUAAAGGAGUCAAAAGCAAUUUUCAAUGGUGCAACCCUUUAGAGAUGUGCUUUAUAGAGAAUGUGUUUUUAUAUUAGAUUGUAUUUUUUAAAAUAUAUUCCUGUUGUACUUUUGAUUUUUCAGAAAUUAAUUUUGGCAGUUAAAAAUGUUAAAUCAAUUAAAUGAAAAUUUAUAUAAUUGGCAAAUAUAUUGUUAUAAAAAUGAGAUGUGCAAUCCGUCUCCAUUUUGUAGGAAACUGCCAAAGUUAUUUAAUUGUUCUAGUUUUGUCCUUUUGUAUUAUAUUUAAUUAUAAAAUGUUUGUUUUCUUUUAAAGUGUACUUAAAAUAUGCUACCAGUUUUCUGGGAGCAAAUCCUUGCUUGUGUUAUGCGAUAUCCUUGCUGGGAGUAUGAAGCUGCUGUCUUGCGAGUGGCUGCUUCAGCUCAGUGAGUCAAUAGAUGCACGAGAUUAUGCAGUUGAUAUUACUGCCUGUGACUCAGUGAGUUGAACUGCAUUUGGACUAUGCCAUUUUUAAUGUAAUCCCUUAGAGGAAGGGUUGGGAAUAGGAUUGUUGCAUUAAUUUCAGUACAGAAUUGAAAUGUUGUGGUUCAUUUCAUUAACUACAUUUGUUGUUGGGGCUUUUUUCUUAUGGGAAAAGUCCUCACAAAGAUAAGAUAAACUUUUGUUUCAUUCUUUCCAACAUUUUUUUAAAAAUCUUCAUGCAAUGUACGUUUUUGACUCUCCUAAAAGUCUAGUCUUUAAUGUAUUUAUUAAACUUGUUUUCUUUUUUAAAAACAAAAGUUUUGUAUUUGUAAUGAAUCUAAAAAAGAAUCCUUUUCCCAUUUGACUUUCUCUGAUAUUUUUAAGCAUUAAAUUUUUCAGCAUAUGUGAUAUUGUAGUGUGGUACUGAAGACUUUGGAUCAAGAUUUCUGCUAUUCUAGAAAUAAUUUAUAUUGAAAAUAUAUCAUUGAUUUUUCAUCUUUUUGGAAAAUUGAUUUAAAUUGAAUCCUUCCCAUAAUUAAAGGCUGCUUCUCAAUUAUUUAAAAUUUAAUUACAUAAUUAUUUGUAGCAUGAAAAUAUGAAUUUGAGUUUGCCCUUUGUUUAGUGACUUGUGGGAUAGCAGAGAUCUUGAAAUGCUUGAAUCAGGGUUGCCGCGCCACUGGGAGAACCGAGUAAACAUGGGGAAUUUAAAAAGCCGAGAAACUGUAAGGAAAUUUUCUACUCUCUCCCCUUUUUUUUCUGUAUAGAUCAGUCCAGUUUCGAUUUUAAGACAAUUGUUCUUUUUCCAUAAGAUUCCUGCAUUGUAGCUAAUGACAGGGUUGCCACUUCACUGGGAAAAAGCAAGAAAUUUAAAAUUAGUUAUAUAUUGAAAAUGCAGGGAAAUUUGAAAAUUUUCAUACAAACUGCGAAAAUACAGGAAUUUUAAGUGUCUUAGUUAUUUUUUCCAUAUUUAAACAUGCUGAUCUCUAAAGAUUGCAAUAAUAAAAAUCAUAGUUAUAGCUUCUAAAAAUUACCAUUUGCGAUUGUGUAAUGUGGAAACUCGCUCCUUUUCUACUCUCUCUUCCCAUUUUUUUGUAUAGAUUAGUCCAGUUUUCUUUUGCAUGUUAAAUUGUUUCCUUUCUUUGCUUUCUCCACUACUUAAAAUCAUAAUGCAUUAUAACUAGCACAUGUGCUCUAUUUGCACAUUUCCUCGCAUCUUGAUUAUAUAAACGGGAAACACAUGAAUUUUUUUUUUUUUUUUUUUUUUUUCCAGAUUUGAAUAGCAACCCACCCUGUAAUGAGCAUGCACAAAACUUUUAUAAUUGUAUGAAAGAUUAGAAUACUUUCUCUGACAGGAAUAGCAACAUUCAAUCUGCGAAUCCAUCACUGUGGUAUUUAGUCACUAACACGCAAAUUUGUUGAAUGAUUUGCUGCUCAAAAUCCGUAUUUAAUACGAACUGGACGAAUAAAUGUAGUCAGUCCUUAUUAAAAGGGUCCAAGAAGUCUUGCAAAAUCUAUGUUGCAUGUUGCUUCUAAAUUUUUGUUUUGUAAGAAAAUAGCCUAAAUAAUAUGAGAAAGUGAGUAUUUAUUAAUCAUGCCAAAAAAAAAAAGAGAGAGAGAGAAACAAAAAUGCUUGUCAGUUCAAGAAAAGUAAUAAUUAAUAUUAGACUUUGUGUCUAAAGGAAUGAAGGCGAUACAUCAAGUUUAAAAAUGUCAAAUUUAAUUAUUGUAAUUAAGCCGAUUUCAAACUUUUUACUUCAAGAACAAUUAUUUAAAGCUAAAUUUUUAUGGGCAUUAAAACAUGUCGUGUCACAUUUUAAGUAAUGCUUAAAUGAUUUGAAUUAUGAUAGCGAAAGUGUUUUAUUCGCCCAAGUCCUUAAUUUCAUGUGACUUGCAGUUAAAGAGAAGAGACAAUAUAUCCUUUUAAUGUAUAAAUUUUGUCUUGCUAAAUUCUAGAUAAUAAUCAAAGAGAAAUAGUUGUUUAUUUGUAAAUAUCAAAAUUCUUUUAAUGUGCUAUUUCAAAUAAUGUUAAAUUGUUGAUUCCUUUCCUCGCCAUUUCCAAUCCUUAAAAUCAUAUUGUAUUAUAACUAGCACAUGAGUGCUUUUUUAUAUUUCCUCGUAUCUUGAAUAUACAUAUAGGGAAAACACAGGGAAAUAUUUUUCCACCCAGAUUUUAGUGGCAACCCUGUUCAAUGCUCAAUUCAUAUACCAAUUGUGCCAUUUUCAGUUAAUAUGUGUGUCUGCAUGCCAGAAAGAUAUAUAUUAAUACAGCUAACUUCAUGCGUCCAUUGUUAUAGUUUGCAACUGUUAUGGAAUUUCAAACAUUUUCUGCUGAGAGUUAUGGUUUUAAAUCUGUAAGGUAUUAUGUGCUUUAUGACAAGAUCAAAUAUGAAGUACAGGAUAUCUUUUGUGGAAUUUUUUAGGAACAUUCCUGUUGCAAGAUAAAAGUAUAUGGCUUGAGAAGCUCUUGUUUUUUUUGUUGUUUUUUUAAAUAAAUCAUGCAAAUAAUUCCCCUCCCUGUCUUUUUUUUUUUUUUUUUUUAAUCUGGUUAUUUGGUGAAUUAGUUUAAAAAAUCUGCCUGUAUAAAAUUAUUCUUUUAUACUAAAAGUAUAUAUAUGGAUUGAAUAAAAAUACCCCCGAAUAAAAAUCAGUUUGUUUCCAGUUACUUUUAUUUGAAAAAUUUUGUUUUGGAAUUUUGGAUCAUUUUAUUUCUUACAUGUUUCGUAGCAUUUAGAAGCUUAAAAAAAAUAUAGGAAUCAACUUUGUGAGGGGAAUUUUUUUUUUUCCCAUUGUGACAAAUAAAAUUAUUAUUCAAUACAUCAGUGAAUUAUAUAGUGCUUUCAGAUAUUGAAUAUGUAAAAUGACGAAAAGGUUGAUAUUGAAUAAAAUACGUUUUUGCUUUUGAGAAUUUUUAAUGAAUUCGUUGUUAAGGAAUCUUUUGUAGUCAGAUUGUUUGUGCCUACAUUCAAUUGGUUUUCAAUACAGAAUAGUUACCCAACAACAACUAUCCUGUUCUAAAUGUAUUGGUAAAAAAAAUUUAUUUUAUUUUCAUUAGAUUUAUGUGUGCUUGUGUGUGGGAGAGAAAGAUCAUGAAAUCAGCACUUCCCAAUUUAAUGUUAAUAAAUUUUGUCUUAUGUUUUAUCAUUGAUCUUAUUUUGGGAAUAAUUUACUGUCUUUAAUGUUUGCUUAAAAUAUGAUUUUUAUAACAAAACUAUUUCAGAGUUUUGAUGAAAAUGAGAAUUCUUGCUUCAAAAUUAUCAUAACCUUUUUUGGAUUGAAAAUGUUCAUUUUGCAUCUUGCUAUAUAUAAGCCAAGUAUAUUCACGAGUAUUCAAGUUGUAUUCAUGAGAGCAGUCAAGAAGUGUUGAUUACUUAUUUGUCAUAAAAUUAAUUUCAGACAAAAGGAUUUCUUGGCAUGUAUCAUGCAUAUUUAUGAAAGUGUUGUGAAUAUGUAAAAAAUAAUAAUAAUAAAGUCGUGUGUUCCCCAUA